AUGUUUGUAUCAACAUUACCAUAUCGUGUUGAACUUGAUCCUCAUUGGUCAUUUGAUGAAGUAGUUAAAUAUGUACUAGAAAAAUGUUUAUCAAUUCUUGAACAUUCUCAUUAUCCAGUACAACAGAUUGCUGGUGAUAAUCGAUUAAAUCAAUCGAAAGUAUCAUUUCUUGAGACAAUGUUUGAUUUUAUUAGUGUGUCAAAAGAUGUUGAACAUUUAUGUUUAAACGAUGCGAAUUUAGAACAAGUAUCAUUAGAACAAUCAUAUGAAAUGGCUAAAUUUGACUUUUCAUUAACAUUUGUAUACAAUCCAUUACCAGAUAACAAAAGAUUAUCAUGUCGUUUUAUUUGUUCACAUGAUUUGUUUGAAAAAUCAACUAUUUCACGAAUAGCUCAAAGAUUUGAAUAUAUGUUUGAACAACUGUUUCAAACACAAUCAAGCAAUAUUCCUGUGAUGAAUAUGAGUUCAUCGAUCAACAAAGUGUCUCUUAUUUUUUAUGAGGAAGCUGAAGAAAUAGAAUUAGUAGUGUUUCAUCGAUUGAAGGAUAUUACUAGUGAAGCACCAGCAUCAUUUGCACAAGCUCGUGUUUGGUUCGAUGAAGGCAUUCCAUUCGAUUCUGACAAGCCUCAAAUAGCAAUCUAUAAUAUGCCUUUUGUUUAUCGUCUGCAACCAGGUCAUACUUUCUCGAUUAAACAACUUCGUCUUGCUCUUCAUCUAACUGUUAACAAACAUCCCUCACUUCACACAUCACUUCAUUUUAACAUCCAAAAAAAUCUACUUGUGCAACGAGUUAUUACUCAUGAAAAUAAAAAUAAUAAUAAUAAUAUGUUUUCAAUCAUCGAAACUACUUAUGAAACAGAUGGACAGUUGAAUGAAAUUUUACAUGACGAAAAACGAAAUCCUCAUCUAUUUAAUAUUGUUCAAGGUCUUGUCUUUCGAUGUCAUCUUGUUUACUACAAACAAAUCUCGUCAAAUCAUCUACUUUCUGACAAAGAUCUACUUAUUUUCAACUUUCAUCAUGCUCUAUUUGACUUUCCAUCCAUGAAUAUAUUUCUUCAUGAUCUCAAUCAAGCAUAUACAACAGGUCAAUUAUUAUAUGAUGACAGCACUAAUCUUCGUUAUCUCGAUUAUGCUAUCAUAGAACAACAAAUGUCAAUGAGUGGUGCAGGCAUGUUUUGGCUUGAUGCUCUCCUUGAUUGUAAACUUGAUCAAUCUUUGUCAUUACCAUAUGAUCGAUAUCAUCUCUCAAAUGAACAUCGAACUGGCCGUGGAGCAUGUAUUUCUUUUGAUUUUGGUCAAGAUCUCUCCCAAGGCUUUUUUUUCCACGCAUCAUCAAACAACAUAUCACUAGAACAUCUUGCACUUGCUACUUAUUAUGUAUUUUUAUUCAAAUUAACCAAUGGACAAACAGAUCUAUGUCUGGCUAUGAAUAUCAAUAAUAAUCGAUAUAGAAAAGAACUCAAAUCAAUCAUUGGACUGUUUGAGAAUAUUAUUCCAUUACGAUGUCAAUUAGAUCCUCAUUGGUCUUUCCACCAACUACUUGAGCAUGUACAAGAGAUAACAACCAAUAGUAUGAAUUAUUCAUAUUUUCCACUUCAACGUAUUCUCAAUCAACAUCCACAUCUUUCCAAAUAUUCAUUUCUGGAUACAUCUCUGGAAUUUAUAUCAUAUGAGAGAAACAAUAACAACAAUGCAAUUAUGAUUGGUGAUUCUCAAAUAAUUCCAGCAUUUUCCUCAUUCAAUAUCAAUGAAGAUCAGAUAUUAAGUACAUCGGACUUCUCUCUUUCGUUUCAUCAUGAUUUGUAUAUGAAUCAACUGUCAUGUACAAUCAAUGCAUCACUGGACUUAUUCAAUCGAGAGACAGUGGAGAAGAUUUUACAACGAUUUCAUUUCAUCUUAUAUCAAUUAUCUGCAUCUAUGUUUGACAAUCAAAUGAACAAAUCUAUCUAUGAACUAUCAUUAACAUUAUCAAAUGAACAAUAUCUAAUGCAAUCAUUGAAUAAUACACAAAUAUCAUUUUCAUCUCCUCUCACCUGUAUUCAUCAUGAAUUUGUAUAUCAAGUAAUGACACAUCCACAAAAACUAGCAGUUGACCUUGAUGGACAAUCAUUAACAUAUUGUGAACUUCUAUAUUAUGUACAAAUAUUAUCUUUAACUCUUCUUAAUGAAUAUUAUGUGUUUCCAGGUGAGGUCGUAUGUCAAUGUGUUGAGCGAAGUUUGUCAAUGGUGAUUGGUAUAAUGGCAAUUGAAGUGAGUGGAGGUGUUUAUUGUCCAUUAUCACCUCGAGAUCCACAACAUCGUUUACAUGCACUUGUGAAACAAACUCAAAAUCGUCUUGUUCUUGUUCAUGAUUUAACGAAGACCAAAUUUGAUGAUGAUGAUAUUAUUUCACUUGAUAUUGAUUCAAUAUUAAAUGUGUAUAAUAUGGAAAGGAACAUUGAUAUUGGUCAAUUAUCAAAUAUAAAAGUUACACUCGAUGAUUUAGCUUAUAUCAUUUUCACAAGUGGUUCAACUGGAAUACCUAAAGGGGUUCAAGUCCAGCACAAGAACUUCACCGGAUUUAUGUGCUCGUUAAUUUAUUGCGAUGUAUUUAAUGAAAACGAUACAAUCCUUCAAAUGGCACGUUGUUCUUUCGAUGUUCAUGUUCACGAUAUAUUGGGUAGUUUUAUGAUUGGAAGUAGUCUGAUUAUGCUACAUCCAAAAGGAAUGAUGGACUUUGACUAUCUGGCUGGUGUUUUCGAAGAAAAGAAUAUCACUUGUUUUGCUUCUGUUCCAACUAUAAUUAAUAAUUUCUUCACUUAUCUGCAACAACAAAAUCAUCAUAAUGCUGCACAAUACCUACGAUCAGUUUGUAGUGGUGGUGAGUCUUGCUCUUCGAAACUAAUAAAUUCAAUAUCAAACACUGUAACACACUCUUGUCGACUAUGGAACAUGUAUGGUCCUGCUGAAACAACAAUUGAUUGCACAUUUCAUCUUUUCCAUAAUACAAUAGAGAAUGAAAGCUUUCCAAUAGGCAGACCACUUCCAACUUAUCAAAAUCUAGUUUUAGCUCAGUUCUCACAAAAUGCGUUUCUCAAUCAAGAAGGUGAACUGUUCGUAGGUGGAGUAGGUGUGUUUGCUGGUUAUCUUGGACGUGAUGAUCUAACUGCAAAAGCUCUUGUUGAAAUAGAUAGUCAACUAUUUUAUCGAACAGGUGAUCUUGUUAGAAUGGAUAACAAUGGUCUUCUUCAUUAUAAAGGUAGAAAAGAUCAUCAAAUCAAACUUCAUGGACAACGAAUUGAGCUUGGUGAAAUCGAACGAUGUUUACUUAGCAUUACAUCCAUCUCUGCUUGUACUGUUGUGAAAUGGAAUGAUGAUCAUUUAGUUGCUUAUGUACAAUCUUCUUCUCAUAUGAAUGAAGAACAACUACGGCAACAUUAUCGCAAACAACUUCCUUCACCUCACUUCUCAUCUAUACAGUCCACAAACAACAUAGAAAUAUUACUACCAACAAAUGAUAUUGAAGUUAGUAUUCAUCAUAUUUGGUGUGAUAUAUUCAAACAAAAUCAAAUCUCAACUGAUACAAAUAUAUUCACUAUUGGUGGUCAUUCAUUACUUAUGAUGCAACUCUUUCAUCGAUACAAGAUGGAGUUUCAUUUAGAAACAAAUACUCUUUCUAUUACUGAUCUAUUUCAACAUCCAACAAUUAUUCAUCAUGCUCAACUCAUUCAGCAAUCUAUCAAUGCCAUCCAUGCUCUCGAUGAUUAUCCUUGGUCUUCCUUACAUCUCAUUCAAGCUAGAGCAUCAUUUGCACAAGAACGCAUCUUCUUAGAUGAACAAAUUCGUUUUUCCUCUAAAACAACGACGAAGAAUAUGUAUGUUAUUCCAUUACUCUAUCGUAUAGCAUCUAUGAAUGAUCAUAUAUUAAUAACUCGAUUAUAUCAUGCAUUUCAAAGUGUUAUCACAAAACAUAAUAUUCUUCGAACUGCACUUUAUGUUGAUGAUACAAAUGGUAAUAUUAUACAACACUGUUUAGAUGCAAACAUCAUUCUCAACGAUGAUAUGAAAUUCAAUGGAUUCACAAUCGUUAAUAUCAAUAAUGAUAAUCACCGUCAUAUGAAUGAAGUUAUUGAAAAUAUAUUAAAUCAAGCUGAUUUAUUUGAUUUAUCAAAAGGACGUGUUAUUCGUUGUCAUAUUCUUCGUCAUUAUCAUCAAUCUCAAGAUAAUAGUUCGCGUGAGAAUGAUGAUCUGUUGACUGAAAAUGAUCACAUAUUGAUUAGUAUUCAUCAUGCAAUGUUUGAUGGAGCAUCGGUAUCAAUAUUUCUUCGUGAUCUGUCUCUUGCUUAUCAAUCUAUUGACUCGUUAUCUAUGGAUGCUAACUCAUUACAAUAUAUUGACUAUUCUAUUCAUGAACAUGUCAUGGAUAUGUCAUUAUCUCGUGAAUUCUGGCACUCUCAACUUGAAGGAUACAAUAUCGAAUGUUCACUAUCAUUACCAUUUGAUCGACAACGUUCAUCAACUAGUCAACAACGAUCAGGUUUAGCAUCUACAGCUGAAAUCAUUUUCGAUAAUGCAAUAUGCACAUCAUUUUUAACUUAUGCGUCAUCACAUCAUCUCACACUUUUUCAACUUGGAUUAUCCAUGUUUUAUGUUUUCCUAUUCAAACUAACUCAUGGUGAGAGUGAUCUAUGUAUUGGUUCUGUCAACGCUAAUCGAUAUCGAAGUGAAUUAGUGAAUAUGAUAGGAAUGUUUGUAUCAACAUUACCAUAUCGUGUUGAACUUGAUCCUCAUUGGUCAUUUGAUGAAGUAGUUAAAUAUGUACUAGAAAAAUGUUUAUCAAUUCUUGAACAUUCUCAUUAUCCAGUACAACAGAUUGCUGGUGAUAAUCGAUUAAAUCAAUCGAAAGUAUCAUUUCUUGAGACAAUGUUUGAUUUUAUUAGUGUGUCAAAAGAUGUUGAACAUUUAUGUUUAAACGAUGCGAAUUUAGAACAAGUAUCAUUAGAACAAUCAUAUGAAAUGGCUAAAUUUGACUUUUCAUUAACAUUUGUAUACAAUCCAUUACCAGAUAACAAAAGAUUAUCAUGUCGUUUUAUUUGUUCACAUGAUUUGUUUGAAAAAUCAACUAUUUCACGAAUAGCUCAAAGAUUUGAAUAUAUGUUUGAACAACUGUUUCAAACACAAUCAAGCAAUAUUCCUGUGAUGAAUAUGAGUUCAUCGAUCAACAAAGUGUCUCUUAUUUUUUAUGAGGAAGCUGAAGAAAUAGAAUUAGUAGUGUUUCAUCGAUUGAAGGAUAUUACUAGUGAAGCACCAGCAUCAUUUGCACAAGCUCGUGUUUGGUUCGAUGAAGGCAUUCCAUUCGAUUCUGACAAGCCUCAAAUAGCAAUCUAUAAUAUGCCUUUUGUUUAUCGUCUGCAACCAGGUCAUACUUUCUCGAUUAAACAACUUCGUCUUGCUCUUCAUCUAACUGUUAACAAACAUCCCUCACUUCACACAUCACUUCAUUUUAACAUCCAAAAAAAUCUACUUGUGCAACGAGUUAUUACUCAUGAAAAUAAAAAUAAUAAUAAUAAUAUGUUUUCAAUCAUCGAAACUACUUAUGAAACAGAUGGACAGUUGAAUGAAAUUUUACAUGACGAAAAACGAAAUCCUCAUCUAUUUAAUAUUGUUCAAGGUCUUGUCUUUCGAUGUCAUCUUGUUUACUACAAACAAAUCUCGUCAAAUCAUCUACUUUCUGACAAAGAUCUACUUAUUUUCAACUUUCAUCAUGCUCUAUUUGACUUUCCAUCCAUGAAUAUAUUUCUUCAUGAUCUCAAUCAAGCAUAUACAACAGGUCAAUUAUUAUAUGAUGACAGCACUAAUCUUCGUUAUCUCGAUUAUGCUAUCAUAGAACAACAAAUGUCAAUGAGUGGUGCAGGCAUGUUUUGGCUUGAUGCUCUCCUUGAUUGUAAACUUGAUCAAUCUUUGUCAUUACCAUAUGAUCGAUAUCAUCUCUCAAAUGAACAUCGAACUGGCCGUGGAGCAUGUAUUUCUUUUGAUUUUGGUCAAGAUCUCUCCCAAGGCUUUUUUUUCCACGCAUCAUCAAACAACAUAUCACUAGAACAUCU